CAGAAACGCCAAUCAAAGGUUGUAUCUACAGAGCCAACUUUAUCUUCUUCGACUCCAAUAAGACACAGAGAUCAGAGAGAGAGAGAGAGAGAGAGAGUUGAGAGAGAAAUGGCGAGCUCUAGUGCUGCGGUGGUCGGAAUUGGUCCGUCAUGGUCGAGCGUGAAGCUUUCUCAGAGACGCACUUCGCAAUUUUCGCAAUCCUCUCGCCGUUUUUGCUGUGUCAAAAUGGCCGUCUCCCUCGACGAGAAGAAGAAUUACACUCUACAAAAAUCUGAAGAGGCUUUCAAUGCGGCCAAAGAGUUGAUGCCUGGAGGUGUAAAUUCGCCUGUCCGUGCUUUUAAAUCUGUCGGAGGACAACCUAUUGUCAUUGACUCUGUCAAGGGCUCUCGCAUGUGGGACAUCGACGGCAAUGAGUACAUUGAUUAUGUGGGUUCAUGGGGACCUGCAAUCAUUGGCCACGCAGAUGAUGAGGUACUUGCAGCCCUUGCAGAAACGAUGAAGAAAGGAACGAGCUUUGGUGCGCCUUGCCUUCUAGAAAACAUACUAGCAGAAAUGGUGAUCGCAGCUGUUCCAAGCAUUGAAAUGAUUCGAUUUGUGAAUUCGGGUACGGAAGCAUGCAUGGGUGUGCUCAGGCUGGCCCGUGCUUACACUGGCAAGUCAAAAAUCAUCAAGUUUGAGGGCUGUUACCAUGGUCAUGCUGAUCCAUUCCUUGUCAAGGCUGGUAGUGGUGUUGCCACCUUAGGACUACCUGACUCUCCUGGUGUUCCCAAAGCUGCCACUUCUGACACUCUAACAGCCCCCUAUAAUGACCUUGAAGCCGUGGAAAAACUCUUUGAGGCCAACAAAGGAGAGAUAGCUGCGAUUAUCCUUGAACCUGUCGUUGGAAACUCUGGCUUCAUUCCUCCUAAGCCAGAAUUUCUUACUGGCAUACGCAACCUCACCAAAGACAAUGCCGCUCUCCUCAUCUUUGAUGAGGUCAUGACUGGAUUCCGUUUGGCUUACGGAGGAGCGCAGGAGUACUUUGGCAUGACUCCCGACUUGACGACACUGGGGAAGAUCAUUGGUGGAGGUCUGCCAGUGGGUGCAUAUGGUGGAAGGAGGGAAAUCAUGGAAAUGGUGGCACCAGCAGGGCCUAUGUACCAAGCCGGGACCCUGAGUGGAAACCCAUUGGCAAUGACGGCAGGGAUACACACCCUUAAGCGUUUGAAGCAGCCGGGAAGCUACGAAUACUUGGACAAGAUCACCAGCGAACUUACUCAAGGUAUUUUGGAUGCUGGGCAAAAGGCUGGCCAUGCAAUGUGUGGUGGCUCCAUAAGUGGGAUGUUUGGGUUUUUCUUCACAGACGGGCCUGUGCACAACUUUGCGGAUGCAAAAAAGAGUGACACCGAAAAGUUUGCGAGGUUUUAUAGAGGAAUGCUGGAAGAAGGUGUAUAUUUUGCACCUUCACAGUUUGAGGCUGGGUUCACAAGCUUGGCUCACACUGCUGAAGACAUUCAACAGACAAUAGCUGCAGUAGAAAAAGUUUUCAGGCGGAUUUAGAACAUUGAAUCUUGUACCCUUUUCAUCGUUUUCUUUUUUCUUCUCUCUCCCUGUUGCAUAAUUGCUUCUUCUGUAGAUGUGUUGGAAGAGUUUGUUUUGUAGCAUCAAUAUUCUAUUUAAACAUUUUAUCGGGAAGAAGUUUUGACUU